AUGCUCCCUACCCUUCCCAAUAUAGCAGGACGAAUCAAUACAAUGGCUACAUUCCUCUUGCCAGUAGCCAUUGGGACUAUAAUUCUGCUCUUUUUAUACGGGAAAUAUGUAACCAGCACUCUCAUUCCCGGUCCACCCACUUUGCCAUUGAUCGGGAAUCUUCAUCAGCUACCGAGUGAUGAUAGACGUCAUGUUCUAGCCCAAUGGCACAAGAAGCAUGGCCCUAUCAUAAGUUUGAAGUUUGGAUGGAGCUCGGUGGUCAUUUUGGGAAACAUAGCUGUCACCAAGGAACUCUUUGGCAAACGAAGCCUCAAGUAUGGUUCUCGACCGCGCAUGGUCAUGGCUCGCGAUUGCAUGACCAAGCAGAUGCAAACCUCUACUCUCCCUUGGGGUGAAAAGUGGAAGAUACAUAAUCGAAUCCAACUCUCGCUUGUUGGCGGCCCCAAGAUCAGGAGCUAUCAGAGUCUCCUGGAUAUUGAGAGUUGUAAAGUCCUAUACCAGCUGUUGAGCACAGAGAGCUUAGUGACUUGCUUUAAUCGGUUCAAAUUCAACAUCAUUUAUACCCUUGCGUAUGGCAAGGACCCAGACCAAAACGAAUCUGAUUUCCACGAAAUCCUCGAGUUAGCCGAUCAUUUUACCCAGACACUUACCAACGCAACGUGGGUCGUGGAUUUGUUCCCGAUCUUAAACUGUCUGCCGCGUCGCCUGGCACCAUGGAAGGCAGUGGGCGACGACUUUCAUCGACGUGCGAUGGGCUGGUUUCGUCGAAACUCGGAAGCUGCAGUGAAAAGCAACUCGUGGAAUUGGACUAAACAUGUGCAGUUCAAUGAAGAUACUGGCAACCUCUCCGUAUCUGAGAUGCAAUAUCUGAUCGGCGUGCUUUUUGAGGCAGGAGUAGACUCAACCGCCACGGUCUUACACUUCUUUGUACUAGCAUGUACCCUCUAUCCAGAUGCUGUCACAAAAGCACGCCAGGAGCUAGACAAAGUGGUGGGCUCCGCGCGGCUGCCCACUCCGAAGGACCUCCCACAGCUACCGUAUGUCAAAGCUUUCAUCCAGGAAGUCCUCCGCUGGAGGCCGAUAACUGCAGAGGGACUUCCCCAUUUUACGCUUGAAGACGACAAAUACCAGGGAUAUGAUAUCCCGAAAGGCUCUACCGUCAUUUUCAACUACUGGUCGGGGCACAUGGACGAGGAUACUUACCAGCAUGCGGAUCAGUUUUGUCCCGAACGUUGGAUUGAGCGCCCGGACCUUCCUCUCGGUGUGUUUGGAUAUGGACGACGAGCGUGUGCAGGACGUCGAUUAGCGCUUAUGUCUCUAGAGACACUCAUUCCGAAGUUGCUAUGGGCCUUCGAUUUCAGAAGUCCUGCAGGGACUGACCAUGGAAAGAGCCGGGACCCUGGGACAGAGCAUCAGGGAGCACUCAUCAAGCCGCGCUCUUUCCCGGUGUCGUGGCACCCGGUCAGCAAUGAUCGUAGGCUCAUCAUAGAACGCCUCUUUCAGGAACGCGACAAAGAUCUUGAUACUGUACUCGAUGAUAUAGGUAAAGCAUUUGAGCGCUACUGA